UGCCUCCGGUUGAAUUUUACAUGAACCGUGUGAAUAACCGGCCGACGUUAGUGGCACCAUCUAUAAACGUCGAUGCUAAACGAUCGAUGCGAUCCCGAUGAGUGGCGCCGCCAGACGUUCAACACGACGCGCAGCUCAAAUUCGAAAUGAUCGCGCUCAGUAGAGUAAAGAUGCUGGAGCGGUGCAGUAUCGGUUGAGGAUCGGUCGUGCGCUGUUUGACUAGUUUCUUUUUAAUUUUGAACGGACCGGCCAACAAAUUUUGAAUAGAACGUUGCUGUGGUGCAUGUUGAUUUUUUCGUAAUUGUUUCGCCGACGGUGUUGUGUUGUUUGUUGUGAUUGAAGGGGAUUAUGCAACUGUGACAUAAAAGAUCUAGAUAACAAGGAUGCUGAGAGACAUUUCUGUUUCGUCUGGAAUCUUAUCUUCGAUUAGUUUUUAAGGUACAAUGGUGUGCAAACUACAUGUGAUUCAAGCGUCACCCACCAUCAUGACAUUAACUAUGUAACUCUGAAGACUGCCAAAUACUAAGACCACCAAAUGGGUGCUAACAUGGGAAAGAACGCAUCCUUACUCGAUGCCCUGCCGUCAGGCCAAGGAACGCUGCACGUGGUGAUGCUGGGCCUGGACUCGGCCGGCAAAACCACCGCCCUCUAUCGCCUCAAGUUCGACCAGUACCUCAACACGGUACCGACGAUAGGCUUCAACUGCGAAAAGGUGAAGGGCAUGAUCGGAAAGGCCAAAGGCAUCAACUUCCUGGUGUGGGACGUCGGCGGACAGGAGAAGCUGCGGCCCUUGUGGAAGUCUUACACCCGGUGCACGGACGGUAUAGUGUUUGUUCUGGACAGUGUCGACGUUGAACGCAUGGAGGAGGCCAAGAUGGAACUGAUACGGACAGUGAAAGCGCCCGAGAACUCCGGAGUUCCUAUAUUAGUUCUGGCCAACAAGCAGGACUUGCCAGGGGCCAAGGAGCCGAAAGAACUGGAAAAACUGCUCGGCUUGACCGAGCUGGGGGGUUGUGGUGCACCGGGGGGACACUUGUGGCAUGUGCAGCCCGCCUGCGCCAUCACCGGCGACGGUUUGCACGAAGGUUUGGAAGUGCUGUACGAGAUGAUACUGAAGCGUCGGAAACUCGCGAAAGAACGGAAGAAAAAGGCCAGAUAGAAGGUAUUUGGAGCUGUGAAUGGAUGCUCAGUGUAGUCAAUAUGAGUUUAGGUUAUUGUAAUUUUUUUGACUGAUUACGUUUUAAAUGUACGGAAUGACUUUGGUGAGCGGCGGGUCGAAAAUAAUUUGUUCGAUUACUGUCCGUGUAGCUGUGUCUUGAUGGAUUGGUUGUCUGGAUAAAUUUGCCAGAUGGUUUUGAAUGAGGUGUGGCAAAUAAUUACGUUGUAUGUUGAAUAAUUAGAAUGUUUCUUUGAAAAAUGAAGGUAGAUUAUAGCCCUUCUAGGACAUAGCAAAGGGAAUCAUUUUACAGAUUCCAUCACAGUUUUCCUAAUUGCACACAAAGUAUUUUUGAUCCCCGUUCACGUUUUCUAUAAUAAUUUCCACAAGUUAAUGUGGUAUUACACACAAUAUUUAUCUUUAAUAAUUAUAGGCGUACAUGCUAGAGGAUGAGUCAGUGUGGUUUGUUAGUUACUGAUAGAUGACAUGAAAACGAGAUAGCUUGCUCACGAUUUUUAACAUUUAGACAAAUAUUUUAAUAUAAAAAUCCUAGCAUGACAUUUUACAGUUAAAACUUAGUAUGUAACGCCAAGAUCUUGCCUGAAUGUUUAACACAUUUAAUCUAAAUUGUACAUAGUCAAUGGAACAGAAACGGAAAGCACAAAAAAUAUUAUUUUCUUACAAACAUCGGUCGUAUAUUUUUGAUCAAAACUUUUAAAAUUUCAAAAUAGUCGAACUAAAAUUUAAAAAUUUGUUCACGUGUUUCCAAUAAUUUGCUUUUGUUUGCACAAGCUUCAGAAAGUGAAGCCACUCACUAGAUUAUAUUUAAGAACAAAGAAAUCAGUGUGAAACAUUAACCCUAAAUAAUUCCCAAGCGCUUUAUUAUGUCUAAAAUGUGCAAUUCUAGAUAGUUAAUUAAUGAUAUUCUGAAAUUAAAUUAGCACUCAGGCUGUAAUUAACUACUGCUUAGACCGCUUUAAUCACAUCUUAUUGUACGUAUGUACCGAUGAUAGUGGUUAGAACGAAAGUAAAAGUUGAUGCAUAAACGAUUGUUUCAAUGGAAACAAUAACCGUUGAUUGUAAUUGAUCUCUCUUCAACCACAAGAAAAACCGUAAUUAGAAAAUAGAGUCGUGAUCUCAUUUUAACAGAAAUUUUAAAUAACGGACAUUAUGGUUAAUAUUGUUUUAAUUGGGGUAAUGCUGUUGAAGAUUAAGGAAGUUUAAUUGUUGACAAAUUUAAGUCCAUUGUAAUUACGAAAUCGGGGUCAAGCCUCGUGACUUCCAUUUUUCCUGAGUGCGAAUUUAGUUUCCGAAUGCAGUUCAACUUACCAGAACCAAAGGUGCUCGUUUAUUUUUAAGUAGGUUUAGUUCAUUGUUGUAUAUAGAAAAUAUUGUUACUACGUCGACUAGAAAGAUUCAAAAUUCGAGCAGCUACGACUUUUGUUUUAAAAAGUCGCCGUCGUGAUCAUUUUCAAUUUCAAUAGAAUAGUCCGUCCGGAGAAAUGCCACAUUAUGAUUUUAUCACAGGGUUGUGUCGAAAUUGACAAAAUUUAAAUGGAUAUUCGAAAACUAAUUGAUAUUUUGACUAAAUCUAUAUAUUUGUACAACAUAUCAUAGAUAUGAUUUUUCUUGAAAUAUUGUGAUAUUAAAAUUAGGGGGUAAUAUCUUUUGAACUGAAGGUUCACUAUCAAUAACGUUGUGUUGGUGCCAUUUUCUAAAUUAAAUUUCUCUUUGACGUAGUAACAGAUCGGUCGACCAAUAUAUUGAAAAACGAAUUGUUCGAUAAAACGGCCUUUGAAAACUCUAAAUGUUUUGUAUUAUCAACAUGUUCUCAAAAAAUGCUUCGACAAAUUUUUGUACACAUUUUGUACCUAUUUAUUUGAAAUGUGAUUAUUAAUACUAGGUGUAAACUAGAAUACUGUCAUUAUCUUAGCAUUUUUUGUGAUUCUCAUAGGAGUUUGUCUUACAAAUAUAUAUAAAAUGUUAAUUUUGAUUGUUUUUUAUUUUAGUAGUGUAUAAAUACUAUUUGUAUAACAUAUAGAUUUCUAUAUUUAAUUAUUGUUGCUAAAGCCAUCUAUGUAAUUCUGUAAAUAUGUAUCUAAAUGUAUAAACUAUUAUUUCUAUUAAACCAAUGUUUGUUUUUU